ACCUGGGAACCAAAUAGCUACCCCAUGGAAUAUUAGAACUUGCUCCCUUAAUCCUAUUUUUUGUGUCUCACACUAAAGUAAAGAAAUGAGAGAUGCAGAAUUCUAAGGCUAAAUAGCUGGACAAUACGAAUUCAAACUUUAUUGUUCUUUAAAGUACCCGGAGGCAAUUCUAAUUAUCGGGGGAAGAAACAUAAGAGAAACAAAAGCCAGAUGCUUUCCACCGGAGUCCUCCUUUUUGCUGUUUUGAUUUCAACUGCACUGGCUGGACCAUGGGCUAAUAUAUGUGCCGGCAAGUCUUCCAAUGAGAUCAGGAUGUGUGACAGCCACGGCUGUGGCGAGUACACUGCUCAAAGAAAUCACAGGCCUCAUCAGGGUGUGGAUGUGUUGUGCUCUGAUGGAUCUACUGUUUAUGCACCUUUCACUGGAAUGAUUGUGGGCCAGGAGAAACCUUAUAAAAACAAAAAUGCUAUCAACAAUGGUGUUCGGAUAUCUGGAAGAGGUUUCUGUAUUAAAAUGUUCUACAUUAAGCCGAUUAAAUAUAAGGGUUCUAUCAAGAAGGGAGAAAAACUGGGAAGCCUGCUGCCCUUGCAGAAGGUUUAUCCUGGCAUACAGUCCCACGUACACAUUGAAAACUGUGACUUGAGUGAUCCUACUGCAUACCUAUAAAGGAAGACAAGUGA